AUGAUCGCAUUGAUCAACAAGCUCCUUGACUGGAUCAAAGCACUGUUUUGGAAGGAGGAGAUGGAGUUGACAUUGGUGGGACUCCAGUAUUCGGGCAAGACAACCUUCGUAAACGUGAUCGCGGUACGGUCAAUCUGCUGUCAUCUGAUGGUGUCCAUUGUUGUUAAACAGAUCGAGAUGCUUACUCGUGCUCCAGCGAUGCAAGUUAUGUUAGCUAAGCAGCUAGCUAGCUUCUACUAUCAUAACCAUUUUAUAUGUUUCAAUCGUGUUUCUGUAAUCUGAUAUUUUGUAAUGAUACAGUAGUUAGCUAGUUUAGCGAGGAAGCUAGCUAGCUGCCUCUGUGUGGUCCCAGACAUGCUCGGGCGGUGAUGACCCUAGCUAGCUUGGUUAGCUAACGACAACAUGCACACAUGAGGCAUGUAGCAGUAUAACGUUAGUCCAUCAUCACUCAUCAUCACAUCUGUUAAGUCAAGACAAUCAGGUGUAUUAAUUCAGUUCACUUGUUGUGCAUUCAAUCUUGUCUGUGUCUUCUCUCUUUCCGGAAUUGACUAGGAUGACAGUUUUAUUAGCAACAUUAACAUAUUUCACAAUUUCAGUAAUAUUUUAUUAACUAUAGCUAGUUCCCAGGCCCCGUUUUUAAGAAGUUAUCUAUCCUGAUUUCGGCUAUCGAAUACUAUUAAAUUCAUAGAAAUAUAAUUAAUAGAACGAGUCCCCAUUUAAGUCAAUGAGUCAACUGUUCUAUUCAUUCUAUUUCUAUGCAGUUAAUCCUAUCGGAUAGGCGAAAUCCAGAUAGAUAAUUUUUGAAAAACUGGGCCCAGAUGAUUUGAACAUAACAUAAAUUUAACCCACCUUUAUUCUUUCCCCUUGCUUGCAGUCGGGCCAGUUCAGUGAAGACAUGAUUCCCACAGUGGGCUUCAACAUGAGGAAGAUCACCAAGGGAAACGUCACCAUCAAGGUCCGUAUACUGCCAGGUUAGAGGUUAGGCCACUUCAUGGUCAUCACUUGAUUCAUCUCUUGAUUCAUUUCUUGUUUGCUCCAGAGGGAGGAGUAUGAAGUGGAAGGGGUGAUCUUGGAUGGUCCCUGUGAUUUACUGUGACCCACUUAAGCUAUUUUAUUCAUUGUGAAAGGUUCAAAACUGAUUAGCUAUGCAGUAUCAAUGCUGUAUUGAUGUUUUGAACUCUUCCUUCUUAGCUGUGGGAUAUCGGCGGUCAGCCUCGAUUCAGGAGCAUGUGGGAGCGAUACUGUCGUGGAGUCAGUGCCAUUGUGUGAGUAACAGCACCCUCCCACUCCCUUGUGCUGGGAGUGCUCAAUUAUAUUGGUAGCUUAUUUCAAAUAAAGAAAUGUAUUGUAACUUUUGAAACCAUAUAAUUUGUAAGGUACAUGGUUGAUGCAGCUGACCCAGAAAAGACAGAGGCCUCUAAGAAUGAACUACACAACUUGUUGGACAAGCCCCAGCUCCAAGGUAUUCCUGUGAGUAACCCCAUACAGAGUUAGCUGAUCUAGUAGCUAUAAUAGUAGGUCUACUACUGGACUUUGUCCAACUCUCCAUACGCUAUUCUCUUGCUUUCAUUGUGUAAUUGCUUGGUCUUGUCAUGCAGGGCUCCCUUAAUAAUAAAUAAUAAUAUUAUUAUUAUUAUUUAUUAUUAAAAACCGACCUUGGUCUCAAUGGGACUCCCCCUGCCUAAAUAAAUAUUAAACAAAUAUUGUUUCCCCCUCACAGGUUCUUGUCUUGGGGAAUAAGAGGGAUCUUCCUGGGGCGCUGGACGAGAAGGAGCUGAUUGAGAGAAUGUAAGCAUCAGCUCUGUGUGUCUCUGUCUCUGUGUCCGUCUGUGUUUGAAAUGCUCAUGUCUCCUCUGUGGUCCACAGGAACCUCUCGGCCAUACAAGACAGAGAGAUCUGCUGUUACUCCAUCUCCUGCAAGGAAAAGGACAACAUUGGUAAGCAUCUGAUGUCUUUGACUUGUUAUAUCUUAUAUCACAGAAAAUGUUACCUUAGUUUUCCAAUGUAUUUCAUGGCAUUUAAACACCUGUUAUUUGUUAUUUCACCUCCAGAUAUCACACUACAGUGGCUGAUCCAGCACUCCAGAAUCAAGCGGAGCACUUCAUGAGAACCUCCUCUCACGACACAGACCGCCCCACAGGCCUGCACCUGUCCCAUUUCACCUGGCCGUCUGUCCUCCCCAGCUUUUCCAUACUCCCCCUUUUCUUUGGAUGGCCCUCUCCCGCCAAGACCCCCCGCCUGAUUCCACUCUCCUGAAGGGUGCCUGGAAACGUUUUACUUGCAGUGUUCAUUUUCUUUUUGUAAUAUAACACUUCUUGUGACCUCUGAUGGAUAAAGUGGUACUUAGCUGCCCUGAUGUUCAUAUGUCAUACUUCAUCAUCUCUGUUGAUAUUGAGGUUUAUAUUCAACUGAUCCAGAGACAGGGCAGAGUACUGUACAUUACAUAACCUCUGUUCCCAAUAGGUAGAAAAGACUGGAGUCUGAACACUGCAUCACUUAGCAGCUUCAAAAUCAACUUUACCACACUAUCACAUUUCAAACCGUAUUCAUGUCUUAGACCAGUGGUUCCCAACUUUUUUUCGCUUACUGUACCACCAACUGAAUUUU